AUGGCCAUCCCACAGAUGACCGAGGUGCCAACCUACAUGGUCUACCGCGACAUCCCAGCAGGAGAGCCAUUCGACCCAACCUCCCCUUUGCUCUUCUUCCCUCCAAAGGGCUCCGAUGAGCUCUUCGAUGCUCUGCGCAUUGCCUUCCCACUCGUCAAGAGCCACUCCGAGCGAAUGCGUGAGGCGGUGAUUGGUUUCCUACUCGAGGAGCGCCAGGACGACCAAAGUCAGCAGCCAUCUCCAGCCAUGACAAUGGACACCAUGCCAACGACCUGGCCCUCUAUGUCUUCAGACUCUGCAUCUCUUAUGAGCAGCCCGGAUACUCUCAACUUUGCGACUCCAGCAUCUUUCGCAAAUUCCCCACAGCCACAUCUGCUCACACGGCAAGCUUCGACAGCGACCUCAAGCCAGCCAAGUCCACCUUCGCUCGACGCCAUGACCGGUGUCUUCAGUCUCUCUACAUCUGCUCAGCCAAAGCAGCGAGUGAGACGAAAGAUGACCGAGGCGGAGAAGGUCGAGUACCGAAAGCGACGCAUCGUCAAGGCUUGCGAUAAGUGCGCCAAGCGUAAGCGCAAGUGCCCCCAUAACCAGGCUGAGAUGGAGACCGUCCCCAGCUCCAAGUCCGAAUCCAAGGUAACGAAGUCCGUUUCGAAGGGCGCAAAGUCGGCUGCACCACCACCUGUAGCACAACAACAGGCUUUGUUCGACAACUUCGCCUCCGCAGAUGACUUCAACUUCGACCCAACCACAUUUGGACCAUGGGAGGACUUCAAUAUGUUCGAGGACCCUAUGGCUGAAGUGAACAUAGACGAGUUCGUCAACUUUGACCAGCAACAGUACGGAUCUGAUCUGUUUACACCGGAUGUCUCCCCUCUUCAGACAGACUGGAAUCACGACGACUCCGCUCUCCUCUUCCCAUCGCUACCUGCGACAGGAGGUUUCACUCGCGACGGCACAGUACAGCGCCCUACGUCAGAAGAUCGACUACACAACGGCGGCCGUAGCGACAACGGUGGUAGUAUAGGUGGUAGUGAAUCGCCUGAGCUACUGAACAGCUCGUCUGCAUCUUCAGAUGCGUGGUCUUCGGCGGGAGGCUACGCACGACAAGGCAACCUCCUGAAGAACCAGCAAUUCUUGCAGAAUGAAGAUGCACCACAAGGCGAUGAGAUAUUAUGGGAACAUCUACGCACUGGCCAAUCCGAGCAGCAUGUUCCUACGCACACGGCCCAUGUGCACAAUUCCGAAUGCCAAGGUCCAUCUUCUCUGGACGACAAUACAGUCGGAGUACAGCAGACGAGACGACCUCCGACGUUACCGCAGACGGUAUUGAGGCUAAUCGGGACUGCUAAGGCUGUGAAGGCAUUUGCGAACAGGACAAGUCGCCGCACACCUGCGCUAGAUUCCAUCUCGCUCGAGAGAGCCUCACUGGCCGUGGCCGACAGUGCCAUGAAUAGGCGGUCAAGACCGUUGUCCGGCAUCUUUGACGGCGCUGCCUAUCUCGAGAACAACUUACGAGAAGCUGCUACCGGUCGUACGAUUGCUCGCACAGAGCCACAGUACUUUGAGGAGCGCCAUGUGAGACGAGAGACGCCUGCCAACAUCGAUGACAACUUGGCGAAUGCGAACCCACGUGCGACCUUCAACCUGAAGCAGUCUCAAAUCCAGAAGUCUCAAGGAGCACCUCUUGCUAGAAGCGGCUUUGGUACGACAAGUAAUGCCAUCGAGCCGACUCUGACAUCUACCUCCGUGUCAGUAUCGGACAGAUCUAAGAGAUCUGCAGGCUCAGAAGGAAGGCCACAGCAGGUCGAAUCACCUGCCGGACGUAGGGCAGCCAGCCUGACAACCGACAUCCAACAGACCCCAGCAGCCUUAUCGCUGGGCGAAGGCCUGUCGUCGAAUGCGAAUGCGUCGUCAGACCUGUACAUGGCUCGCAAGCGGGUAACAGCGAAUCUGCAACGCUUCACCGAACGCAACGGACUUGCGACUCGGCAGAGCAGGCUCGUUGCCAACGCCGCCAACGCCGGAAUCGAGAGCGAAUCCGGCUACAAAUUCAAGAACAACCCAACCUCCCCAGCCAACGGCGGUGCGUACCUGCGGCUGCAAGAGACGGAAGUGUCACCUUCCAUGACCAUCGCUCUGAAGCCGAUCCACACCCACACGCUCGACCCAAGCAUGUACAAUUUCGACAGCGCGACGGAUCAACACCACAACGUCGAAAUGACGAACGUCGCCCAAGCACAAGCAGGUCCGGCCACCACCUCGAAGAAGUCCGCAGCUAUCGACAAUACCUCGGUCGCCAGCCCAGCGCACCAAGAGCGUCUGAGUGACCACGUCCGCUACCGGGAUCACCAUGGUAGGGUGGACGAGCGCUCUUCCUCGCACGGCGUCAACGACCACCAUGAUGUUAGAAACGGAGAUCGCGAUCUUGUGGAUCAUGCACGAGAUGUGCACCGCUACGAGCUUCGUCCUGACCACACUGAUGAGAAGAAUCACGACUUCGUUGUGGACCGAACACAAGACGUCGCCAUCGUCGAGCGUAAUUCCCGCUACAAGCUGCGUCACCCCAGCCACGCUCUCACUGGCGAAGGUUCCUGGACGAACGCAGCUUCCUGCAUCGCGAUCAUCGCGAGCAUCAUGCUCUUCGCAUCGAUAUCCACAUCAGCAUCACUAUCGACCACGCUCCUCAUCCUCGCCCUCGUCUGCCCGCUGCAGACUAGCGAUGAGAAGGACGCGUCGCCGGUCCAGUGCACGACGAAGAACAGCUCGUGGCUGCAAGAGCUCCUACCGCACAAGGGCUUCUCCGCGCACAAGCUUGCUGCGAAGGUGCAAGGAGCUGGGACUGCGAAUGGAGUGUGGUUGAGAGGGCUGAUGUAUCCGCAUGAGAUGGCGUCGUUGCAGAGCGUGCGCGUGUAA